CAGCGAAAGGAAACCAGCUUUCUAAAACUCAAGUAAAAAUGGCUUCUUUUCACGAUGUAAGAGAGCUUCGGGGUAAUCAGGGGAGGGAAGAAGAAGAGGGUGUUAUAUUGGUGGAACCAAUUGCCAUGAUAGUGCCGCCAGAACUACAGGAUGUACCCGAAACCAUCGCGCUGGGAAGCAGCACUAACUCGAGCGCCGAUGGAGGCGCUUUAAGUCCACCGACGGCAAAUACAGAGUUGGAAGUGGUUGUAUUGGAAAAAUGGGAGAAUAAGGUUAUCAGGGGGAGAUUGGAUAACCUCCGUAAAGCACCGAAAACUCUCCCUGCUAGUUUUAGGUCCAGGGCGGCACUACAUCACGAAGUUGCAGACAGCUCGGCCACAGUGAAAGGGUAUAAGAAGUUAGAGGAAAUGGUGAGGCACUACCAAAUCCCUAAGACCAUUUUACUUCGAGCUGGGACCCAAAACAAGAGGGCGUGCACAGUAUCGAGGAUGGGCUGGGUGCUAGUCUACGUAGACCAUUUUGACGUCGGUCUACGCUUCCCUCCGCCCGAUCUAAUUUUUGACAUCCUAGCAGAGUUGGAGAUACCCGUGAAGGCGAUAGCCUUUAGGUCGCUCUUCUUGUGUUGCAUGUGCCCUUCCACAACCGAAACGAUGUGGUAUGUUAUCUCCGGAAGGGAAAAGAUGAUGAUUUUUACAAACAUCAGAAAUAAGGUGACGAGGUGGAAAAGGCAGUUCAUUUUCGUUCAUGACACGCGAACAGAGAAGAUGAAUAAUGAGCUCGUUGCCUGUAUAUCAGAGUGGCGUAUGCCCAAUACGUACAUGAACUACCCUCAGCUGGCUCUUGGUGAUGUCGAUUGGAAGAAUCGACUGCUAGAUUAUGUUAAAGCUGAGGCUUUAGUAGAUUUAGAAACCCUGGUUACCCCGGAGCAACUCGCAUUACUUGGGUCUGUCGACGUGGCAAAUCUGUACGCCGAAGCUCAAAGCUUAAGGAACCAUGGAGUUGGGUUCGAUUCCCAACGGCAAACUCAUUUUGAUGAGCAGUUGCCUGCAACAACGGGGCGCAGUUUGUCCCACAGAAGUUCGAGCUCGGCAUCGAGACCCGGUGCCGAGCAAAGAGUUGAAACUACGCCCUUAAGUUCUAGAACGCAUGCGCGAGAUGACUCUGACGCUGAGGAUGACAUUCCCCUCAUUCGGCGGAGGACAAUCUCGGGAGCCCAGCCCGCUUCAGCCGCUGCGACGUGGUCUACCAACGUGCCCCCGGCUCUGGCACGUGAGGUUGCUAAACCAGUGCCUACCUUGUCGUCUGUAUCGGGGCCAAGAAUUGCAUAUCCUGAAGGCUUCAGUUAUGUCAGAACUGACUGUCAGGCCACUAUGGUGUAAGGUAUGUAGAGUUUUGUGCCCCUUGCAGAUCGGCAAUGUGCGAAAGGGGCAUGUCCAGCAACAUGGGGGUUAUGCUGCUUUAUUAAAGCUGAUGGACGUAAGUAUUCUCAACAAGCACAUUGGUUGUAUCAUUAAAAGUUCAUGUUAGAA